AGUUUUCACUCUGUCCAUGCAGCUGCUUCUCUCCUCUGUCCUCUCAUCCCCUGAUCAUGAUUAUUAGGACACGUUUUCUAUUUAUUGCCCUCUCCUUUGUCUGCUGCUAUGCAGAGGGGGUGAGGAGCAAAAGUAAAGUUUGUGCUAAUGUGUUCUGUGGAGCUGGGAGAGAAUGUUCGGUCACAGAGAAAGGCGAACCAACUUGUCUGUGUAUCGAGCAAUGUAAACCCCAUAAUCAUCCAGUCUGUGGCAGUAAUGGGAAAAUGUACCAAAAUCACUGUGAGCUGCAUCGUGAUGCUUGUCUGACAGGAGUCAAAAUACAAAUCUCCCAUGACGGACAAUGUGAAGAGAAAAAAAUGGAAAAGAUCAUCAACAGCCCAAUCGUUUGCUAUCUCGCUGACCGUAACGAGUUGAGGAGUCGUGUGAUUGAAUGGUUACAGUCGGAAGUAGAGCCUGAUGGAUGGUUUUCAAAAGGAUCCAACUUCUCAGAUGUCCUGCUGAAGUACUUCCAGAGCUAUGAUAACGGAGAUGCUCAGCUGGAUUCAGCAGAAUUAUUGAAGUUCAUUCAGCAUAAUGAGACCGCAGUAAAUAUCACCUCUCCUUAUGCCGAGGACGAGAACAACCGCUUGCUCAGGAGUCUGUGUGUGGAUGCGCUCAUUGAGCUCUCUGAUGAAAACGCAGACUGGAAACUAAGCUUUGACGAGUUUCUCAACUGUCUCAGGCCUGGAUUCAACCCUCCAGAGAGAAAGUGUGCCUUAGAAGAUGAGACGUAUGAGGAUGGUGCUGAGACUCAGAUGGAAUGUAACCGCUGCAUUUGUGCCUGCGGCAACUGGGUCUGCACUGCUGUGAUUUGUGAUGGUUCAAAUAAGUUACAAGCUCUUGAGGAAAUGGAGGGAAAUAAUCAAGAAAUGACAGAAGAGGAGUGGGUUCAAAGAGUGGCUGAACUCAAUAAGCAUCAGGAAACUGUGGAGAAGAUGAAAAUGGGUGAUAAAGAAGUCUGAAGAGAAAUCAAGAGACGUCCGGUAUCACUUUUACUUGGGCUGUGUUUGAAUGGGAAAAGAUAGGGAUUUUCUUCAGAGUUUAUUAAAUUCUUUACUGAGGUUUUCAAAAACGGGUUGUAAUACAGUUUCAUUUGUUCGGGGGUAAUAUAAGUCUGUAUGAAUUGCACAAUUUGAAAUACCCUAUUUUUGUACAUUCAGGGUAAUUUGAAUCUUUUCAUUAAAAGCAAUGGUGCUCAUAUUUCACUUUACAGUAAAUAGAACAUUUUAAAUUAUAUUUGCAUAAAUAAAGGGUUUUUGUAUAGUGAAAUAUUUAUAUUUUAAGCAAAACUAAGCCUUCUUUUUCAAAUAAUUAAUGUAUUUUGGGUUUGGAUUUUGGACAAUUCCGCAUAAAUUCAUCUUAUCUGUGCUUAAGGCAUUACUUUUUUUGCACCAUUUUUUGGAAAACAUUUUAGAAAAUAAAAUAAACACCAAAAA